UCAAUAUUGUUUAUUUUUUAAAAUGGCGAUUUUGUGGAAGGUAGCCACGUUCAUCAGGUUGUAUUAGAAUCUGCUAGAAAUGACCGCAUUUUUAGUUAGUUUUACUGUUUUAAAAAGGCAUGACUGAAACAAAUUUCGAGAGACAGAAAGAAGAGAUAGAAGCUUUGACGUCUAUUUAUGGAGAUGAUUGGUUAAUGAUAAGUGAUCAUGAAUAUAACAUACAUAUAACUCCUGAAAAUGACCAAUCUCAUGGGGUCAAUUUAGAAAUAAUUUUUACUGAUGGCUAUCCAAAAGAUGGUCCUGCUAACUACCAGAUAAGUGCUCCAUGGUUGAAAGGAGAGUCUAGGCAAAAGAUUGAAAAUGCUCUGAAUGAUGUUUACUUAGAAAAUGUCGGUGAAAGUCUAAUAUACCUGUGGGUAGAAAAGAUUAGAGAAUUAGUUCAAGAAACAUUGGAGACAGGCAAUAAAUCACCAAGUGAAAAUGUUUCUUCAGACGAAGAAUUUUGUUUCGGAGAUGAAGACAUUCGCCUUGCUCAAUUGGAACUUACCUCCCCUGAUUCCAUAGAACAAGCAGACGAUGGCUCAGAUUGGGAGUGUCCUGUUAUAACAUCAGGGGAGGUACUUGUUGACAGAAACAGUAGAUUUGUAGGUCACAUCGCUCCAGUAUUCCAUGUUAAACAGACAAAAAUGAUGCUGUCCUCUUUAAAAGAAAACAAAAAGAUAGCGGCUGCUACACAUAAUAUAUAUGCCUGUAGAAUAUUAAAGGAUGAACAUGGAGGUCAUCCUACAUUUUAUCAGAUGUGUGAAGAUGAUGGAGAAACUCAUGCUGGGUCACGUCUAUUACAUUUAUUACAGAUAGUAGAUGCCAGAAAUGUAAUGGUAGUAGUAACAAGAUGGUAUGGUGGUGUACAUCUAGGUCCUGAUAGAUUUAAACAUAUCAAUAACUGUGCCAGAAUACUACUAGAUCAACAUGGCUUUAUUAGAUCUAAAGAUGAUAAGAAAGGACCAAAGAGUUCAUCAGGUGGCAAAAAAAAGAAAAAGUAAAUAGUUGUAAAUAGUAGCUUGUUCUAGUCAUAUAUGAACUGGUGUGAUUCCACAGCUGAAACAAAGUGCAAUGUACAGUGAUGCGUUCUGUCAAAAAUGUGGGCAUGCUACCGAGGAUUAUGGAGAAUAAUCUUA